AUGGAUCAGGCUAAUUUAUCAGUUCCCGUAAAAUCCCCUACUAGAUCUCCUAAUAAAACUAGUGAAUUAAGUCUAUAUAUACGCAAAAGAGGCGUCAUUAAAGGUAGGCUAACAAAAUUGGAUAAAUACAUAGAAUCAGUCCUUUUACAACCGUCUUCAUUCAAAAAAGCCGAAUUCAAAUUACGCAUACAAGGCGCAUCUUCUCUAUUAACCGAUUUUAAUGAAGUUCAGUCUAAAAUUGAAGAGUAUUCUGAUGAUAUCGAUGAACAAUUAGAGCAUAGGGAAGAAUUUGAAACAAAUUAUUACGGUGUGAUUGCUAGGGCUGAUGAGUUGCUAUCUGGUGACAAAUCUACCGAAGAUUCUCAUAAAGGAUCUCUUAAUUUAAUGAAAUUGCCGACCUUAUCUUUACCUUCCUAUGACGGUUCCUUUGAAAAUUGGCUGGAGUAUAGGGAUUGUUACCUAUCACUAAUACAUAACUCCAAAGAAAUAAGCGCAAUACAAAAAUUUCAUUAUUUAAAAUCAUCAUUGAAGGGUAGCGCUGAAUUAGUUAUAGACUCACUAGAGUUUUCUGCAGCUAACUAUUCCGUUGCAUGGGAGUUACUCGUAAAUAGGUAUGAUAAUAAUAGAUUACUUAUUCAUAACCACGUUAAAGCAUUAUUUUCAAUCCAACCAUUGACAAAGGAAUCACCAGAGUUAUUGAGAAAGCUUAUCGACACUGUACUUAAGAAUAUACGCGCAUUAAAAAUUCUCGGUGAGCCUACUGAACAUUGGGACACACUAAUUAUUUAUAUAAUCGUUUCAAAAUUCGAUCCCAUCACAGAACGCGAAUGGGAGCAACACAAAACACUAUUAUUUUCAAUUAACACCAGUGAUUCUCAAUGUCGGUUGAAACUUCAAAAUUUGCUUGAUUUCGUUGGUCGUAGGGCGGACAUGUUAGAAACGUUAAUAGCGUCAAACAAACCGAUGCACAAUAAUAUUAAAAAACAACACAUUAAUCAGUCGCAAAAGAUACACUGUAACGUUUCUUCCAUGUCCACAAAUAAACCACAACAAAAUACAAUUACACACUACAAAUCCUGCCCUAUGUGUCAUUCCAAACAUCCAUUAUAUUCAUGCCAGCAGUUUUUAAAUCUAUCAGUUUUAGAUAGAUGUAAAAUAGUCACACAAAAUAAAUUAUGCGAGAACUGUUUACGCUUAGGACACUCGGCUACUGACUGUCGAUUCGGUCCAUGUCGGCACUGUUCGUGUAAACAUAAUACACUAUUACAUCGAGAUGACACACACUUGCAACGAGAGGUUACUGAUGGAGGCACGCAAAAUAACGCUUUAACGUUAUUCACAUUAGAUAACAAAUCGCAUGCACAGGUGUCGACUAAUAGUGAACCGGUCUUGCUAUCUACUGCAGUUCUUGGCGUACGGGACAAAAGUAAAAACUAUAUCAGCGUCCGCGCGCUUCUCGAUAGCGGUAGUCAGCGGUCGUUCAUAACACAAUCAUUAUGCAAUAAAAUAAACGCACAAUUAAUACAGUCCACUUAUAACAUAAAGGGUGUAGGCAGCGCCGUUACACAGUGCACACAGACUUGUAACAUCAAUAUCAGGUCCCUGUGUAGCUCCUAUACUACCAAUAUUCAAUGUUUAGUGCUACAACAUAUAACAACAAAGUUACCAUCAACAUCAAUAAAUAUAAGUAAUAUUUGCAUUCCUUCUCAUAUACAGUUAGCGGACGCAAAAUAUUUCGAGUCACAAUCGGUCGACAUCCUAUUGGGUGCCGAUUUAUUCUGGGAUCUCCUUGAUGAAGGAAAGAUUCGUCUUGAAAAUGGUCCAUUUAUACAAAACACAAAAUUAGGAUGGAUCAUUUCGGGACCUAUAUAUACGCACACUCCUAAAUACUCACAAGUUUCAUGCAAUUUUACUCACACAUUAGACUCACAGUUGCGUAAAUUCUGGGAACUUGAGGAAUUACCGAGGGUCACUAAUGUCCUCAGUAUUGAGCAAAGGGCUUGUGAGGAACGCUUUACAAGUACCACAACGCGCACAGAGGAAGGCAGGUUUUGUGUGCGCAUACCUUUCAAGGAUAGUCCUAAAUUAUUAGGUGAAUCAUACUCUCAGGCACUGAAUCGAUUUUAUGCACUUGAGAAACGAUUACAACGCACACCCGAUUAUAAACAAUUAUACAUUUCAUUUAUGCGGGAAUACAUUGAGCUGGGGCAUAUGUCACGAAUACACACAUACAAUACUCCACACUACAUAAUGCCACAUCAUGGUGUUUUUCGCGCCCAUAGUACCACAACAAAACUACGGGUUGUAUUCGACGCAAGCGCAAGUACCACCUCGGGUAAAUCGCUUAACGAUUUACAACUUGUAGGUGCACCUAUACAAGGCGAUCUAACUGCCAUAUUAUUACGCUUUAGGCAACAUCGGUGGGUGGCAUGCGCAGACAUCGAAAAAAUGUAUCGUCAAGUGUUGGUACAUAACGAUCACCGUGACCUACAAUUAAUAUUGUGGCGCGAAAAUCCCACUGAUGAGAUAGGUAUAUACCAACUCAACACUGUGACAUACGGCACAGCAUCAGCCCCAUUUCUUAGCGUUAGGUGUUUGAAAGAAUUAGCGUCUACAACUACAAAUACAAACAUUAGUAGAAUUAUACGCGAGGAUUUUUAUGUAGACGAUUUAAUUACUGGUAACUCUGACAGCAAAGAUAAUUUAACUCACACAUGUAACGAGAUUAGUCGGAUUUUGAUGACAGGUUGCUUUCCAUUACGCAAGUGGAUAUUUAACUACAAAGAGGACUCGUCAUCAACACCAUCACAUAACUCACACGCUUCAAAGGAGUUAUCACUCGGCGAUAAUGUGCACCAAAAAACAUUAGGCCUCGGUUGGUGUAAUCAAUCUGACACAUUUAACUUUCGUACAGAAUUCAAAAUCGAUUAUGAAAUAUUAACUAAACGCGUCAUAUUGUCAAAGGUUUCUAAAAUUUUCGAUCCGUUAGGCAUGCUUAGUCCUUUUAUAAUUAUCGCAAAGAUUUUAUUACAAAGGCUAUGGUUAUUGAAAGUUGGCUGGGAUGAACCGCUACCCAAUGACGUCACUCACCAGUGGUUGCGAUUUGUUGAUAGCAUUCCAUUACUUACGAAAAUAAAUAUACCGCGACACGUAAUAGGUAACAAUUCAUUACGCAUAGAAUUGCAUAUUUUUACAGACGCAUCACAGGUUGCUUAUGGAGCUUGCGCAUACGUGCGCAGUAUAGGUAACGAUAAUAAGAUUACAGUCCGAUUGUUAUGUUCAAAAGGAAAGGUCGCGCCUAUAAAACCCACCAGUAUUCCGCGUCUCGAGCUCUGCGGAGCUUUGUUAGGUGCUAGGCUAUAUGAAAAAAUUAAACAGUCACUACGAUAUCCUCAUGACUAUUAUCCCUUAAGCCCAGCUCAUUUCUUGGUCGGUCGUCCGCUGACUGCGCCGCCGUGCUCUGAUGUUCAAGACUUCACGCCAUCAAACUUGACACGAUAUCAACGGGUAGAACAAAUACGCCAACAUUUUUGGACAAGGUGGUCCAAAGAAUAUAUAUCUGAGAUGCAAAUAAGGAACAAAUGGAAAACUCGCCAAGCAGACCUGAAACCAAACACCUUAGUGCUCAUUAAGGACGACCACUUACCUCCAUUAAAGUGGCGUUUAGGACGCAUCAUUUCCACUCUCCCGGGCAAAGACGGGGUAUCAAGAGUCGCCGACAUAAGGACGGAGACCGGCAUCGUUAGGCGGGCAUUCUCUAAAAUAUGCCCUCUUUGGAACGAAGAAGAAGAAUUGAAAGUGGAACCUUCCAAGGCCGGGGGCAUGUUAAAACAGUAGUAGCAAAUCUGCUGUGAGUAGUAUAAUGCUCAAAGUCACAGGCGCCAUCCUCAACCACCACUGGUCGACGUCAAAUCUAGCGUCGAUGACGGCAUCAGUCAAUCGACCAGUGAGAAGCACCGCUCAUCACGCGACACAUAUGA